UAUUCAUUUAACUUCCAAAAUGAAGGUAAUUGCGGAUGCAAAUAUUGUCACAACGAAAUUCAGCUGAACAGCACAAUACUUCUGGAAAUAAGCAAAAAUUGGAUUCAAUGCUGGUUAACCAAUCAAUUAUCGUUCGGUCUGUCAACCUAAAUUAUAGUAAAUCUAUGAUACCCCCCCUUCUAAUAUUCCAUCUAUUCCACUGAAGACAAAGGAGAAUUUUAGAAAGAUGAAUAUGUUUUUGACAACUAAUCGCGUCAAUUAUGAAGCUGUACGAGAUCUGCUUCAUUCUAAAUAUACUAGUGCUCCAGGUGUAUUAUCUAUUCUAUCAGAACGCAGUGUUAUAGGUAACAUUUUGUCAAAGUUGAUCUCAAAUGGUCUUGCCAAACAAAUAAGUUGGAGUGGAUCAGAAGGUAAUAAAACUAGGUUUUUGGAUACAAAAUUAUGUGAAGUUGUAUUUAGUGCGGUUAAACUACGAUUUCCAGACAGCUUUUUAGACAUUGAAGCUAAAAUCAAACGUUGGUUCCAAAUGGAUGGAAAGAAUCCAAUAAUUCUGAUUUAUAAAAUAUAA